GCAAAAUCUCACACUAGUCGUUUUUAGCUAGCUACCACAACUAAAACAAGGAACAUGGUUCAGGAAUUUCAUGUCCUAAGAUGCUGUUCGUGUCAAACCUACCAAGUGCAACAGGUUAAAAAGAGCAAAAAAUGGAACUGCAAGCUGUGUGGGGAAAAGCAGUCGGUCAUUAAGGAGUUUGGUCGUGGCUCUGGAGUGGAUUGCAGACGUCAUGUUCAGAAGGCCAAUGCCAGGCGUGGAGAGAUACUUGAAGAGCAGGACCAGAAAGCCUGGUCACGAUGGGAGGAGGUGGAUGAUGUGGCUGAAGAAGAGGUUGUAGAAAAAGCUCAGGAGUGUUGUGACCAGAAUGCAGAAGAGGCUAAUGGGAGUCGCUGGAGUAAAUACCUGCAGACGAGCGAUGAAGGGGCGGGUCAAGAACAGGCUGAGGAAGAGAAUGUUUACAUGGACAGAAACCAUCUCCAAGGCAACAUAAAUGUCAGAUUGAGCAUAGGUAUUUGUGACAGCAUGGAUUAUUGUGGCCCAACAGAAAGAGGAAGAGAGGUAGAGGGGAGAAUGAGGGGAGGGGAUAUCACAGUGGAGAAGAGGACACCAUGCCUCCUACACAAGGCUGGAGGACGAAAGGGAAGUCAGCUAAUCCGCCACAACACAACAGACCCCCCAGCUCAUUGGCCCCUGUACAGUGGUCUCCCAAACAGUCAACUCCCUGCAGACCACCAGUCCCAGCUUACAGCAAACCCCAUACUGUAAUUGAACCACCCUCAACUACCAGCAGCAAACUCUCUUCAACCUCAGUCCCCUACAGAGCAAAUGCAGCGACGACCUCGCAACCUUCUGGAUCCUCGGGUACUGCAGUGUCACAGACCUCCAAAUGGGCCCAGUUCCUAACUGCCUCUCCUGAGGAAGAUGAGACCAACUGGAGUGGUAGUACAACGCAUAUGGAGUUCCAAACCGCUGGUUCAAUGUUCUCAAAUGUGGUGCUCAAACACCAGAACUAUAUAAAAGCCUCUUUUGGACAACCGGCCUGUAGUGGUAUUUCCAAAUUGGCUGGGCUAGGUGGGGGUAGUGGUUUUCUGGGGAAGAGCACCAGGAAGACAUUUGAUAGGCUGAAGUCGACUAUCCCCCAUUAUGGAUUUGGGCAGGCUGCCGAGAGCGAAGGAGGUCCUGCCCAUAUGACGUUACCGGAGGAGAGCGAAGCACCAGUCUGUCAUCAGCCCCCGCCCACCAAGCACCCAUGCCCUACCCUCUCUCUGGGGACCCUGUUCUACACGGAUGACGACUUUGAUGACACUUUUUAAAAGCCAUGUAAUGGUUGCUCUUUUUUUGUGCAUCUAUAUACGAAGUGGCCUACUCUGUCAACAAGUCUGAAUAUUUUGUAAUUAACAUUUAAUGCAUUAAUCUCUGGAUUUUGUCUAAUAGUUCAUGGUUGCAAUAAAUGAUUAAACAAUAAAUGAUUAAACGAGACAGUAUGAAAAUCCAA